AUGUUUCAUUGUGUGAGUUUGAAUUUUGAAAAUGCUUCAUUUUUGCUGAAACAUUAUUCACGUGAACUUUGACGUGGUAGCUAGAUCGUUUCUAGAAACAUUAUUUCGAAAAUAAUGUUAUUAAAAAAUUGUCAGGAGAUUUUCAAUGUGCCUGAUUCUCUUGACUAAAAAAUCGAAAAGUAAACAAUAUUUUUCAGACCGUUGACAUCGAUGAAAAUAUUGAUGAAGAUCUUGCGAAAUAUUUUUGCCGAGUUGAUUUAUGCCUUCGCAAUUCUUUCGAAUAUGAUCUUUAUGAUCCAUUCGAUAUCUUCUGGCGAAAACUACCGUAUACUUUAAAUUUAUGUGGAACAAAUGCUCAAAUGAGUUUGGUCAAAAUAGAAAUGAAAAAUGAAUUGACAAUUUAUAAAGUUAAUAAUAUGUUAGAACGAAAAAAUCGAAAAGAAAAAUGUGAUGGAAUGAUCGUAAAUAUAGGAAAAAAUAAAGAGGAAUUGAAUAUUGGAAACUGUGCUAUGAAUUAUUACGAUUAUUCAACUCAUGAAACACUUGCUGGAAUUUUACAGUCACACAACAAAAAUCUAGAUUUUCUUGUUAUUUAUCAAGCCGAUUCUUUAUCGUCUUCAUAUAUUUUGUUUCAACAUAUCAUCUCGAAUUUCGAUAAUAUUUGCCAAAUCAAUUUUGUCUAUUCACUUCCCAAAUAUUCUGAAGAAAACGGGUUCCGCGAAUCACUUCAAAAACUUCGAAAAGACUCCAAAUUUCUACUUCUUGCCGGUUCAAAAGAUCGCUUAAAUAUGCAUCUCAAUUUAUUUUUUGUGAACAUGAAGAAUCGAUAUUGUAGGGAACGCUAUCUUCGAUAUUUCACUUAUUUUUAA